AUGGGAUCUUUAAGAACUUUUAUCAAAGAUGUUAGGGGAGCCAAAACACUCGCCGAAGAGCGGUCUAUCGUGACGAAGGAGUCGGCGAGAAUUCGCACGAAACUGAAAGAUGACCAUUUGGUACCAGAUAAACGGAGAAAGAAUAUUCAGAAACUACUAUACUUGCAUAUUUUGGGCGAGAAAACUCACUUCGCGCAGGUAGAAUGCAUCAAUCUCAUUGCAUCCGAUGACUUUCGCAAUAAGAGGGUUGGCUACCUCGCUGCAAUGGUUUUGCUGGAUGAGCAUCAGGACAUUCUCACGCUGCUCACCAACUUGUUGAACAACGAUCUCAAUCAUCAAAACAGAUACGUAGUCUCAAUGGCUCUUUCGACGCUCGGUUCGCUGACUUCUCCAGAACUGGCUCGCGAUUUGUACCCGGACGUCGAAAACAUAUUGGCUCGCUCCACAGACGAAUUUCUCGUCAAAAAGGCACUCCAGUGCGCUGCCAAGCUUAUCGAACGAGACACCACCCUACUUGAAAUCUUUUAUCCUUACGUGGGAUCCAUUUUGAAGUCUCGGCAGUUGUGUACCCAUGGUGGCCUACUAGGUGUGGCUAAACUAUGCCAGGUCGCCGUCUCCUGUCGGUCGCGCUACGAAUACGACAAUUAUCCUGAGAUUUUGCAGUCCAUAGUGCACAAAAUUCCGGAGUUCUUUUCAAUACUUCAAGAUAUGAACUCCACCAAUUUCAGUGCGGAGUACGAUGUCAGCGGAACUUGUGAUCCAUUUCUGCAAGUGGAACUCUUGUAUACAUUGCGGUUGAUGUUUGAGCUAGCGCCCCAGGAAACUGCGCAAUACAAAAACAAAUUAAACGACCUUCUCACAAAAAUUGCCACAGAUUCGGCUGGUUCCAAAAACUCUGCGAAUGCAGUUCUCUAUGAAUGCGUUCGGACUAUCUUUGCACUCCAGCUCGACCAAUCACUGAAAGUCCUUGGCGUUAACGUGCUAGGGAAGUUUUUAUCGGGCAAAGACAAUAACACCAAGUAUGUCUCGUUGAACACGCUUCUGAGAGUGGCUCCUCAGGAGCCAAAAGCAGUUCAGAAGCACAAGAUGUUUAUUUCGCGGUGCCUGUCUGAUCCGGACAUUUCAAUUCGAACAAGAGCCGUUGACCUGACUUUUGCAAUACUGAACGAAACCAAUAUGAAAGAAUUGAUGGACGAAUUAGUCUCGUUCUUGAAGCUUUCAGGCGAACAAGAGAAAGAUCUGAUAAUCAAUGUUGUUGACCAGUUAAUUAGUAAAUUCGAGCUCUAUGCGGUUGAAAGCGAAUGGUGGGUCAUUGAAAUAAUGGUACAAGUUCUGAAGAUCGUGGGCCAGCACAUCUCUUUCGAUAAAGUGAGCAAUGUCAUCGUGAUGAUAAACAACGCCCAGGACUUGGAUCACAAAACGCGUCUUAUACACGAGACGUUGGAGCUCUCAUUGGGCAAAAAAGAGGAAGCAAUUGACGGUGACAACUUGGGCUGGAAACUCCUGAGCGUUUGGUGCAUAGGCGAAUACGGUGACAUUUUGUUGCAGAGAAACAUGUUUUUGGAAACCGAGCUCACUCACUACCUCUGUCUGGUCAACGGAAUAUAUUCCGAAAAUACCAAGCUUAUCAGCUACACUCUGACGGCUGCUUUGAAACUGUCAGCAAAGAUUCAAAGCCCAUCAUGCGUUGAGGACUUACGUCAGUUGAUUAAUGGACACAGCAAAGACACGAAUAUAAUACUGCAAACCAAGAGUGUUCAAUAUUCCUUUAUUUUGAAUCAGCCGGCAAGCCAGAGGCAUGAUAUUCUAGGAGCAAUGCCACUUUUUGAGAGAAGCGGCAAGAAUGGUAAUGGUUCAUCGGGCAGUAAACCAAUGGUCAAGCCGCAAGAGCAAAAUCUGUUGUUGGAGCUUCUUGAAGAGACAUCCACAUCCAACGGGGCAGCUGCAGGAAACAAUUCAGAGACCUUACUCGAUAUUUUUGGCAACGGGUCGUCGGACGGUGCAAGUCAGUUGCUCAAGUCGUCUACUAAGGCUGAUCCCAUCAUUAACAUUCCUCAAGAUAGUGUGGAAACAUAUCAAUCUGAUGAUAUGCAGGUGUUCUUCAAGAUGGCUUCUAUGGUACCUGGCGAGGCUCAUCUAGAGUUGUACGUCCGGGGCCAUGCACAGAUCUCCAACUUGCAAGUUCUGGCUGCAGCUUCAAAAACGCAGAAGCUUGUUAUGGGUAAUCUAUCUAUGGCCUCAAUUGCAGCUGGCCAGGUGUGUCGACAGGAACUGAAAGUGAGCGGAUCAGGGAAGCUUAAAUUUAGAGUAAAACUCAUACACGAGGGUCCAUCGGGCCUCACGACCGAUCAAUUUGACCACAAAUUUGACCAAAGCUUGUGA